GGCGGCGGCGGCGGCGGGUUUUGCUCUGAGUUGUUGUUUCCUCCUCCUGCCCGGAGCUUGAAUGGUGGAGCUCAGACUCUCGCUGCUGCCGAACAAACAGUGACAGCUACUGGGGGAGCGCGCGUUUCAGCUCGCAGGCCCCGCCGCCGGGGAGCUCGGCCUGAGCAAGCCGAGCUCCUCUGCUCGCCAUGUCCGGGGACGGCGGCGGCAACAGCAGCGGCAGGCACACCGCGGAGCUACGAGCGGAGCUCUAUUUCCUCAUCGCCCGUUUUCUCGAGAACGGACCUUGCCAGCAAGCGGCUCAGGUCCUGAUCCGAGAAGUAGCCGAGAAGGAGCUGCUGCCCAAGCGCACGGACUGGACGGGAAAGGAGCAUCCCAGGAGCUACGAGAGCCUAGUAAAAUACUAUAGGCACUUGGCACCUGAUCAUCUUCUCCAAAUAUGUCAUCGACUAGGACCACUUCUAGAGCAAGAAAUUCCUCAGAGUGUUCCAGGAGUGCAGACAUUGUUAGGAGCUGGAAGACAGUCUUUGCUUCGUACAAAUAAAAGUUGUAAGCAUGUUGUCUGGAAAGGAUCUGCUCUUGCUGCCUUGCACUGUGGAAGACCUCCAGAGUCACCAAUAAAUUAUGGCAGUCCACCUAGUAUAGCGGAAACUCUCUUUUCAAGAAAACUGAAUGGAAAAUACAGACUUGAACAUCUUAUUCCAACUGCUGUGUAUCAACAUAUGAAAAUGCACAAGCGAAUCCUAGGCCAUUUGUCUUCAGUAUAUUGUGUAACAUUUGAUCGAACAGGCAGACGGAUAUUUACUGGUUCUGAUGAUUGUCUUGUGAAAAUCUGGGCAACGGAUGAUGGAAGGUUGCUUGCCACUUUAAGAGGACAUGCAGCAGAAAUAUCAGACAUGGCUGUUAAUUAUGAGAAUACCAUGAUUGCUGCAGGGAGCUGUGAUAAGAUGAUCAGAGUGUGGUGUCUCCGAACAUGUGCCCCUUUGGCUGUUUUGCAAGGCCACAGUGCAUCCAUAACAUCACUGCAGUUUUCUCCACUAUGCAGCGGCUCAAAGCGAUACCUGUCUUCAACUGGGGCAGAUGGCACAAUAUGUUUUUGGUUGUGGGAUGCUGGCACCCUUAAAAUAAAUCCAAGACCAACCAAAUUUACAGAACGUCCAAGACCUGGAGUCCAAAUGAUCUGCUCUUCUUUUAGUGCUGGUGGAAUGUUUCUGGCUACUGGAAGUACAGAUCACAUCAUUAGGGUUUAUUUCUUUGGAUCAGGUCAGCCAGAGAAGAUAUCAGAGUUGGAGUUUCAUACUGACAAAGUGGACAGCAUUCAGUUUUCUAAUACUAGUAACAGGUUUGUCAGUGGAAGUCGUGAUGGGACAGCACGGAUUUGGAUGUUCAAGAGAAGAGAAUGGAAGAGCAUUUUGUUGGAUAUGGCUACUCGUCCUGCAGGUCAAACUCUGCAAGGAGUAGAAGACAAAAUAACAAAACUGAAAGUUACUAUGGUGGCAUGGGACCGUCAUGACAACUCUGUCAUUACUGCAGUUAAUAACAUGACUUUGAAAGUUUGGAACUCUUUUACUGGCCAACUUAUUCAUGUCCUUAUGGGUCAUGAGGAUGAAGUAUUUGUACUUGAGAGUCACCCUUUUGAUCCUAGAGUCCUUUUCUCUGCUGGCCAUGAUGGAAAUGUCAUAGUAUGGGACCUGGCAAAGGGAGUAAAAAUCCGAUCAUAUUUCAAUAUGAUUGAAGGACAAGGACAUGGGGCAGUAUUUGACUGCAAAUGCUCUCCUGAUGGCCAGCAUUUUGCAUGUACAGAUUCUCAUGGUCAUCUUCUGAUCUUUGGCUUUGGCUCAAGUAGCAAAUACGACAAGAUAGCAGAUCAGAUGUUCUUUCACAGUGAUUAUCGGCCUCUCAUUCGUGAUGCAAACAAUUUUGUGUUGGAUGAGCAGACUCAACAGGCACCACACCUCAUGCCCCCACCAUUUUUGGUUGAUGUUGAUGGUAAUCCUCAUCCAUCAAGAUACCAGCGAUUAGUCCCAGGACGUGAAAACUGUAGAGAGGAGCAACUUAUUCCUCAGAUGGGGGUAACGUCCUCAGGACUAAACCAGGUUUUGAGUCAACAGGUUAGCCCUCUGGACAGCAUGAUACAAAGACUUCAACAAGAGCAGGAUCAGAGGCGGUCUGGAGAAGCUGCAACCAGCAAUACCAGCAGAAUUGGCAGGGGCUCUGUAAACUCUACCUCAGAGGUGCAUUCACCACCAAAUGUGGGAUUGAGGCGCAGUGGACAAAUUGAGGGAGUGCGACAGAUGCAUAGCAAUGCACCAAGAAGUGAAAUUGCUACUGAACGAGACUUGGUGGCAUGGAGUCGAAGAGUUGUGGUGCCAGAGUUGUCAACAGGAGUAUCCAGUAGACAAGAAGAAUGGCGAACAGCAAAGGGAGAGGAAGAAAUAAAGAUAUACAGGUCAGAAGAGAAGAGAAAACACAUCGCAAAUCAUGUUCCAAGAGAGAAUAAAAUACCUUCUUUGCCUAAGAAUCAUUCUCAUGAUCAUCAUAUAUUAGAUGUUGCUGAUUCAAGGAAACAACAGGCCAACCAACACAACUACCGUACUAGAUAUGCAUUGGAAGAAACUGCCAGGCCCAAUGAAGAUAUGGAAAAUGGAAGUAGUUCUUCAGAUGAGGGAGAAGUAGUUGUUGCUAGUGGUGGAACAUCUGAAAAUGAGGGAAAAGUAUGGCACAGUGAUGGCAGUUCUAGUGACUAUUCUAGUGAUUAUUCUGACUGGACAGCAGAUGCUGGAAUUAACCUGCAGCCACCAAAGAAAAUUCCUAAAAUUAAGACUAAAAAAGUAGAAAGCAGCUCAGAAGAUGAAGAGGGUCCUGAAAAACUCAGGCAAAAGCAGAUCAGAAAGGAAAGAAGAAAAGGUAUUGAAGAUAAAGAUGGUCCAACAUCACCAAAGAAAAGGAAACCCAAAGAGAGAAAACAGAAGAGACUGGCUGUGGGAGUAUUAGCAGAAAAUGGCUUGACGUUGGAAGAAUGGCUGCCUUCAGUGUGGAUUACAGAUCCUGUUCCCCGCCGAUGUCCAUUUGUACCACAAAUGGGAGAUGAGGUUUACUAUUUUCGACAAGGCCAUGAAGCAUAUGUUUUAAUGGCAAAGAAGAACAAAAUAUAUAGCAUUAAUCCCAAAAAACAGCCUUGGCAUAAGAUGGAACUACGGGAACAAGAGCUGAUGAAGAUAGUUGGAAUAAAGUAUGAAGUUGGGCUUCCUACACUUUGCUGCCUUAAACUUGCUUUUCUUGAUUCCGAUACUGGUAAAUUGACUGGAGGAUCUUUUACAAUGAAGUAUCAUGACAUGCCAGAUGUUAUAGAUUUUCUAGUUCUAAGGCAGCAGUUUGAUGAUGCAAAACACAGGCGAUGGAACAUAGGUGAUCGAUUUAGAUCAGUAAUUGAUGACGCCUGGUGGUUUGGAACAAUAGAAAGCCAGGAGCCCCUUCAGCCUGAUUAUCCCGACAGCUUGUUUCAGUGCUACAAUGUCUGUUGGGACAAUGGAGACACUGAGAAAAUGAGUCCUUGGGAUAUGGAGCCUAUACCAAACAAUGGUAUGUGUCUACUUUCCCCUAGAUGUACAGAAAGGAGACAGAACUUACUAUCUGUGUUUCCUGAGGAACUUGGAACUAGUGUUCCUUUAACUAAUGUUGAAAGCAGAGCAUUGAUAUACAAACCUCUGGAUGGAGAGUGGGGUUCCAGGACUCGUGAUGAUGAAUGUGAAAGAAUAAUUUCAGGGAUAAACCAGCUGAUGACUCUAGAUAUUGCUUCUGCUUUUGUGGCACCUGUGGAUUUCCAAGCUUAUCCAAUGUACUGCACUGUUGUUGCAUAUCCUACUGAUCUCAGUACAAUUAAGCAAAGACUGGAAAAUAGGUUUUACAGGCGACUUUCUUCACUUAUGUGGGAAGUUCGGUAUAUAGAAUAUAAUACACGGACAUUCAAUGAACCAGGAAGUCCCAUUGUUAAAUCAGCCAAGUUUGUCACAGAUCUUCUGCUGCACUUCAUGAAAGAUCAGACUUGCUAUGACAUAAUUCCAUUGUAUAAUGCCAUGAAGAAAAAAGUCUUGUCGGACUCAGAGGAGGAAGAAGAGAAAGACAUUAAUAUGCCUGGCACAUCAACUAGGAAGAGGAAGGAUCAUCAGCCAAAGCGGAGGCUGCGGAAUAGAGGUCAGUCUUAUGAUACUCAGGCAUGGAAGAGACAAUGCCAGGAGCUGUUGAAUCUGAUUUUUCAGUGUGAAGAUUCUGAGCCUUUUCGCCAGCCAGUGGAUCUUCUUGAAUAUCCAGAUUACAGAGACAUAAUUGAUACACCAAUGGAUUUUGCUACAGUUCGAGAAACAUUAGAAGCAGGAAAUUAUGAAUCACCAAUGGAGUUAUGUAAAGAUGUCAGACUUAUAUUCAGCAACUCCAAAGUUUAUACACCAUGCAAAAGAUCACGAAUUUACAGUAUGAGCCUGCGCCUGUCUGCCUUCUUUGAGGAACACAUUAGUUCCAUUUUAUCAGAUUACAAAUCUGCUUUACGCUUUCAUAAAAGAAGCACCAUUAAAAAAAGAAGGAAUAAAAGAAGUAGAAGCAGCUCUCUUUCUAGCAGUGCUGCAUCAAGUCCGGAUAGGAAAAGAAGAUUAAUAAAACCACAGAUGAAAGCUGAAACCCCUGCUGCACUUUCAACCUCUGUACCUGCACGUUCAACAUCCUUGAGAAACAUAGCUGCCCAGAUGAAUGGAAAAGCAGUUGAUUCCGUGACUUUAGUCCGAACUAGGAGUACUAGAGCAGUAACAGAAAUGGCUGUUAAUGAACAGCCUUCCACUUCUUCAGGAGGAAAGCCUUUAACUGUGAAGCCUAGUGGCACUGUUGUAUCAGGGAAAACAGUGCUAGAGAAUUCCACCAAACAUUCCAAGAAUCAGAAUAUGCUGUCAGUCCCUAAUCCAACCAACUACACUCACAACACGAGGAAUAAUACAGCAAGAGAAAAUGUGGAGAAAGAUAAACAAAUUAAACGCAAACUAAAAUCAGCCACUGUUAGCCCACCAACAGAUUGCAAGAAUAAUUCCAUGGUUUUGGCAUCAGGAAGCAUCCAAGUUAAUGGACAUGGGGGACAAUCUUCAAAGCCUGUGUUUAAGAGGGGUCCUGGGAGGAAACCCAAGAUUGAGACUAACAACAGUAGCUGUGAAGUGGUGCACAAGAAAAGAGGGAGGAAACCAAAAAACCUGUUAAUUGCUCAGCAAAAGAAUUCAGGGCAGAGUACAAUCCAACCUGCUAAAGACUUAAAAACAGAGGAAGCAUCUGUUUCUACUGCAUGCAACUCUCUUUCUGAAAAUAAUGUGAAGGAAGACUUGUUACAGAGAAAAGGGCGUGGAGGCAGAAAGGCUAAAAGAAAGCCACCAACACAACAGCCAGAAUUGGAGGAUACAUUUUCUGCAGACCCUAAGAUUCAGACAAGAAGCAGGAGGAAAAAGUCAGAUGGACCCACUGAAGAGGAACCUGAGGAGUUUAAAGAUUCUGAACCUCACAUGAGAACUAGAAACCAGGGUAGGAGGACUGCCUUUUACAAUGAAGAUGACUCAGAGGAGGAACAAAGACAGCUGUUGUUUGAAGACACCUCUUUGACUUUUGGGACAUCUAGCAGAGGCAGAGUCCGAAAGUUGACUGAAAAAGCAAAGGCUAAUCUGAUUGGUUGGUAACUUUAGCAUUUAAAAAUGCUAAUAAAUAAGGUACAACUGAUGAAUUAGUAGAACUAAGGAUAUCUGCUUUCUGCUGCUAUUUACAAAUGAGAAUAUGUUCUGAUUUGGAAAAGGAUAGCAAAAACUGAACAUUUCUUUGAAAGAAGUAUGUAUUUUAAAAGUUUGCUAUUUAUUGCCCUUCGAGUAGGUUAUGCAUUUCAAUUCAUUUUGUUCAGUUGGUAUCAAAGAUUGUAUAAAUGACAUUCUUGAUUUGCAGAAAACUUACUGUAAUUUUGAACAGUACGUAACCUCUAUUUGAUUAAAAUAAUAGAAUUUUUAAUGUAACGGACUGAAAACAGAACUCCUAUUUUUGAAUGAGCAAGGUACAGUACCUUUGUAUAGAGUUUUAGUAACUGUGUUUUUCAGGCUCUUAGCAGAGUAUGGCAGGGACUGCCAUUGAGGACAAACACAGGAUUACCAAACUUUGCUAAUGAUAACAUUUGAUUCAAUAGUGAUUGGGCACACAGCUUUGUACAAACAAAUGUAGUGCAGGUUGUUUUAUCUAGGUUCUGCCAGAGAGAGAAAUCACAAUAUAUAGUUAUAUAUAUCUAUAUACCUAUAUAAAUAUAUCCACAUUGGAAAAAGUUUGACUAAUAAGUCUAAUUUUUCAGACCCUCAUUCUUGUAUCAAUCAAAUCUGUUUAUUGUGCCAAAGACUGAGAAUCGGUGCAGUGGAAAAGUUUUGAGUGUCAGUGCAGCAUACAGUUUUCAAUUAUGCUUAUGACUCCAUGUUCAAAAUAUACAUUGUUCUAAAAAGUUAUCUCUACUUGUACUUCAUAGUAAAAACAGUUAAUGCACUGGUGGAUUCCUUUGAUUUAAAUUUAGACAAAAUUUAUAAUUGAGUUAAAGAGUUCAAGGAAACUGCAGGAAAAGUGUGAGAUUCUGAUGUUUACGUUAUGGUCAGAUUGAUUUAUUGUUUCUGUGAACUAUGUUAAACUGACUAACAUUUCAAAAGAAGUGUAUGUGUAUAUCUAUAUCAAGUAUGUACACAAGCACAUAAAUAUAUUCAAUGUUACCCAGGUAUAAUUUUUUCAGAUUUUUUAGAUAGUACUAAAAUAUUAAGAAUUUUAAAAUGUCAUACUUUAAUUUUAAGGGGAAGAUUGGUUAUUUUCAAUUAUUAAAGAUAAAAAGGCCAAAUCACUUUUUAUGCAAUCAUGUUUUAUACAGUAUUCUCAUUGCACAUUGUUUUUCUGCACUUUUUACAGUAUACUUAUCAAGCUGACAUAAGUCAAUAUACAUCCUAAAGGAAAAUCCCACUUUAUGAUUGUGCCUUGUAUUCUAUUAUUUUGUGCAUCUUUAGUAAGACUUAAGUUGUCUAUUGUAAAUGAUAACUAUAUGACUUAGGGGAAUGUAUUGCUGUAUGUACUGCUAUGGGAAAAACCAGUUAUUUAUUUGUUUAUGGUACAUUUACUUAUUUUAUACCUUUAAAACAAACUUUAAUACAUUUUUAUUGUUUAAAAGUAUACUUCAGUUUUAAAGACAAAAUACAUAUUAAGACAGUUGCAUGGUACAAAAAUGUAACCACGUUUUAACAUAUAUGGGGGAAACAAGAUGUGCAAAACGGAGUUGAUUUUAAGCACCCUGGCCUGUGGUGGUGUGCGGCAGUGCACUGCAUCUGUGCUUGCCUACCUGUCCAAAAGAAAGUUGAUGCUGUCAACUUAACCAGUGCAGUUGAAGGGCGACCUUCCAUGCGUCCACCAGUGGUAGGUGAGAGAAGGAGCUGAAUUAAUUUUUCUACCCCUCCGAAUAGAUUAUUGGUUGUACCAAAGAUUGUGGUACUGAACUUCUGUAUGGUGCUAAAUGCAGGGUUUCCAGUCCAAUUUUGAGAGGUGCAGGUAGAUUCAGCCAUAGGAGCUGGCUUUGUAACACCCUUCUGUGCACACAAUUCAGAUAUACGAACAAGACAGAUAACUUGCUCACACUAUUAGGCAUUUGAGGGGUAAGGCUAACACUCAUCGCGAACAUCGCAAAAGUUCAGUCAUGACAACUGGUUCUUAAAAUGCAUUUCUGCUUUUUUAUUACAAAUAGUCAUAAGCAUAAAAUUACUAACUCUUAGUAGAAGGUAAUCAUCACCAUAAACCCACUUUAGGAUAUGUGGGGCAUGGAAGAUUUUACUUUGGUUGAUUGCUUAACUGCAGUUGCCCAUUCCUAUGUUUUUAAAAAUGUAAUUUAGCAUUUUUAAGAAAGCUGAACUAUUUUGUAUAACUUUGUUUAAAAUAUUCAGCUAGUGACUUGAUCCCAGUGAGACAACAGCCCACUAUGAGGUUGGGCACUGCAGUGUGCAUUAUGAAUGUAAAAGCACCAGAUGGGUCUUGGUGUGGCUUGUUGUGUCAGCCAAGCCUAGGUCAUGGGUGUUAUUUGAGGGCUAAGUCCACUGUCUUGUUUUAGGGUUAUGUGGUUAUACUACAACAAGCCAUGGCAAUUCCCAGCCACAGUAUGCAUAUUCAGAAGAGCAGCUAGCACACACCACAGCCCUUAUAGCUAAAUUUACCCAUGGUAAGCUGUUGGGUUGUGCAGAUGGGCCCACAAUUUCACCAAAUUGUGAAAUACAAGGCAGUCUUCAGAAUGCUACUGGCACAAGUCCCCUCUGCAGAUCUAUUUUCAUUAGUAUUUAAAAAUAGUACAUGACAUGCCAUAAUGUUUUUUAAAAUGAGUUUCUUAAACAGAACACAUACAUACUCAUAUUCCAGGCAUUAAACUUGAAACCAUGAAGAGGGACUAUGUAAAGUAACAGUUGUUUCAGAUUUCACAAUAAAUACAUUAUCUUAUACCUAAACUUUUCACUGUUUAAGGAGGCAGUCGAUUUCAGAUGUCUGAUUUCCUGAUUAUCUGCAUUGUAAUAUAUAAAAAAAUCAAAGCAAUCAUGAAACUUUAUUGCUGUAGCUACUCCAUUUAAAACUGUGUCUCACUUGGCAUGUUUAUGUAUAUACUUAUAUACAACCAAUAUGUGUUAUGUAAUGUUGGAGAAUGGAAUAGUACACCUAACGAUCAUAGUGUCUGAAAAUUACACAUUUCAAACUGCAAAAAUCAAGCGUUUUAUUUGCAGCAAACAAGUGUAUUUCCCCUCCCAUGAAUAAUCUGUACUGGUUCUAAGAAUUAUGUUGACCUUACUAUUUUUUCAAUAAUUCAUUUUUGUAAAUUGGCUUAUAAAACUGUUGCUGUGCUAGAUUUUCUGAAUAAGUGAUUCAGGUUCCAUUGGCUUGACUUAAAUUACUGUCCAUAGUUGGAUUUGACUGAUUUGCAAAAUUCUUACUGUACCAAAACAGAAAAGAGCUUUUUACCUAGCACAUUUUAAUAUGAGCAAUAAACACUGGUUCAGGAAUGUUGUGAUGGAAAAAUAACUAUAAUGAAAUGUGUUCUGGAUAAUGCUAUUUCAAACAAAAUGUAAUUUUAUGGCAUAUUUACAUGCGAAAUACCACUUAAAUGCCAUAUCUGUUGGUAAUUAUGGCUGCUCACACAAGCUGUUAUCUUGGAAACUUGGCAGUAAUGAGAACAAAUGUCAAAUGUGGUCUUCUGAUACAGGGUGGUCCAUUAGUUCCAUAAUGUUUGUUAAAUUAAUACAAUAUUAACCAAUGGUUAGUACACUUUGGUAUCUUAAUAGCAGAGCAUUCCAUGUUAUCUAGGAAAGAAUUUGUUUCUCACUUCAGUAAUAGCAAUCCUCCCAUUUCUUGUUUGAUAAAGCAUUGGUUAGCAGGUUUUGUUUUUGAUGGUUUCCCAGGAAUUAAGUUUGAAUGACAUUAGUAAAAUAUUGGGUAUUGAACCAAUGAUCUUCAUUGUGCUAUGAGUGGUGAUGCAGCUUUACAAGAUCUGUCUUCCUAUAGUGAUUAGACCGUUAUGAGGUAAACUUGCACAUUAUUUGUACCAUACUGUCAAUGAGUGAUCAUUCAGUUGUUAAGUUAGUAUUACUUUGGAUGAAUCUUUGUAAUAUACUGUUUAAAAAGAACUCAUGCAGCAUGAAGUACUUAUUCUUUAAAAAUAAAUGGGCACAUAUAUGUAUUUUAAGUAGAUAUGUCAUGUGCUGUGUUCCAAUACAAAGACCUGGUUUGGAUGAUUAAAUAACCCAUGGUUGGUUAACUGUGGAUUGUUUGCAAGCAUUCAGGAGCAAGAAAAUAUGCUAGCUCCCAACCAUUCAUCUACUUCUGCUUGGCUUAGCAACCCAGAAAUUAGCCAUUUCUGGGUUGCCAUGACACCUGAACUAGUACUCUGGCUUCUUGUGGGAGAAAUAACCCAGAGUUUUAACCCUCUAAGAAAUAAUGGGUUAAAACUUGACUAGUUUUCCGGAUCACGGCAAACAACCCAGAAAUGGGACAUUUCUUUGUUAUUUAGCCAAACCAGUAGAGUAGGCAAGUGGUCAGUGCUAGCAUGUCCGCUUGCUCCUAUGUUCACAACCUAUGGUUUGUUAACCAAGGGUUGUUAGAUAGUGCAAACUGGGAAAAUGUAACAAUGUGGACUUUCCGUAUCACAAGCUUUAGUAUGUCUUGUUACUUAUCAUAGUUAUAAACCCCAGCCAGAGCUCCAUGCCCAUGCAGCUCUUGAAUACUUGUUUCUGUGAAGAGAGCAGAUUCCAAUGUGCUGAAGAACAUGCAUCCUCAGCUUUGAAACGAGCUCAUUAUUUUCCUUAGUGUUCUAUCUAAUGAAGGGUUCGGGCACAAUCCAGGUUGUGCUUUGAAGAGCAGUGCAUGCAGGAGUUUGAUGCCCCGAAUUUCUCUCUCCCCAUCAGCAGUCCUUCCACAAGUGGAGAACUGCUCUUGUGUGACAGCUGCAUGCCUCACAGUGUAUGUAAGGGACUGACUGGAUCAGGCUUCUACUGUACACUCUGAUGUAUGUCUUAAUCUUGCACUUCAUAUAGUUGGACCUAAGCAUUCAUCUGAUAAAAGGGCUGUUUAGUUUCUGCUGUAAAUAAUGUACAUGUAUGUUUAUACUUUUUAAAAAACGGUGUACAUUUCAUAUAUAGUGGCCAAGUCUGGAAAUUAUUUCUAAUAUAACAAAAUUUGGUAUUGCAUUUUUAAUGUGUUAACUUUACAUAAUUUGUAUUUUAAUCAAGAUUUUUGAUUACUAUUGGAAAAAUUGUGAAGCAAAAAAAUUGCUUAGAUAGCUCUCAUACUUUUUCCUGUUCAGAAUAGAACAUUUUGGAAUAGAAGGUACCCUCUGUUUCAGGAAGGUUACAUUUAUUGGGUGACAUCCAACAUAACAUUAGUAUAGAACUUCUUAGCACAGGUGUUGGAUCAUUAGCGGUUUUGGUUGUGCAAGCAUAACUCAAAUGUUGACUUUGCCUGUAACACAUAGUUGACAACAGUUUCCACUACAGAAGAGUUUUUGCACUAGUGGACAGAUACCAUUGGAUACAACCCAUUAUAGAUUUUUGGGUUUUUAAAAACAAAUAGAAGAGACAGCAUUUUGAUGGCAGCAGUAGCAUUAGCUAUGCUGUUAAAAAGGCCAAGCCCCAAAUGUAAAUAAUUUAGGAGCCAUUUAUGUCUAAUUAAAUGCAAGUAAUCACUUUUUUUGGUAUACAAAUAAGCAAAUGCUCAAUACUGGGAUGUUUUUAAAAAUGCAAAUAAUUGCAUCAGGAACUCAGAAAUCAUUUUUACGUGCAUAAAAAUGGCUAAAAAUUCACCUUAAAAGAUAAAAUAGUAAAUUGGUAGCCUUAUACAGAAAGCAUUUUACAUGGUGUAUGUAUCAAGUCACACAUUUAAAAUGUCUAGGCUGUUGACACACAAUUGAACGUUACAUUUUUGGACCACAACACUGCAAGUAUCUGAAAGGUUCUUGAGUAAAUUCUUAAAUUCCUGCCACUUAAAAUGUUGAGAUGUAUAAUGUAGAGCAAUUUACGGAAAUUGUUUGGAACAUCUUAUCUUUGAAACUGACACAUUUUAAAACUAUGUUUUUUGGGGGGGUUUGUACAGUAUGAUGUAAAUCCCAAACAUGACAUACAGUUUUACAAUAAUUUUUGGUUAAAUCAAGUUUAAUUUCUCUUAGAAAUCUGCUUUAUCAUGUUAUGAAGUGCAGUCUCACCUGGAUGAACAGUGCCCUUUCUUUUUGUAAAUAUUGAUUGAAACUUUUAUUGUUAUGUGAAACACCUAUGUGGGUUUUGAUGAAUAAUACUUGGAAUCCUUUUAUACAAACUAGAAUGUAUGUGUAAGAAUUACUGUCACUGCAAUGUAGUAACUACAAACCUAUUUUUAAAUAAAUAGAAAACUCGUUUUUCUAAGCUAUGUG